UGUCAUCAACAACCGUCCAGACGGACUGAAGCGCACAAUCAGUUCACGAGAGGCAGCUGGAACUCCAGUUUUGAUGGUUGGCAACAAUCACUGAGUGAGCGGAACUUUGAUGAGCUCUGCGGCUCGGGCUGGAGCUCCUGGUGAGGUCCUCCUUGGUGGCGGGAAACUCAUUGGCAGUGCGACAUUUUCCUAGCAACCAAUUCCGCUGGGAAACGUUAAUGGCACGACAUGGGACGGUAACCUACGUAUGCUUUUCUCCUCUCUAAUUUUCGGUAUUACCAUAGGUUCGGGUGCAUUAUUUGAAGUACAUGGACUCGAAUUGCUCACCCGAGUGAGCGUUUUUGGGUUAUUAACCCGAAACCGUUGGAUCGGGGUCGCUUAGGAGCAGUGAUGCUCCCCGUCUAAGACGGUCCGAUUCGAUCUUUCAUGGUUUGGUUGGAUUGAUAACCAAGAAGGGGCACAGCACGUGAUUGAAAACGCCAAAUCGGACUGGACAGGACAUUCCCAAGCAGCAGUGACCGAUUGAGUGAGUGACGCACUUUGGUUUCAUCGAGCCCCUCUCUCCGCCUCCCUCCGCCUCCUCCGCCGGACUUCCCUAAACUCCGUCUCUCUCUCUCUCUCUCUCUCUACAAAUCCAAUCUCUCUCUUCUCCUCCUCCCCUCGCUUUCCUUACUCUCUCUGUGGCGCUGCCGACGAAGACCUGGGACGGACAGCAACAAUGGCGUCGUCUCUCUCCACAACGGCCUCCACUCUGCCCAAGGCCACCACGAACCCGCCUCUCACCAGCCGCUCUCCCUCCUCCCCUGCCCCAUUCCGGCUCUGCUCUUACAAGCCCAAGCUCGGCUUCCCCGCCAAGGGCCUGCGUCAUAAUUGGAACCGUUCCAUAUUCGUGAAAACCCAAUCAAAAGAGCCAUCUGUUGCCUUCAAGGUUGCUUUUGACGGAUCCUCAAAUGCUGCUGCUAUAUCUGCCUUGAAGUCAGGAGUGGCUCCAUCAGACUCCAAGGACACACAGCCAUCUGGUGCUACUCUGGCUACUGAGGAGUCGAUCUCUGAGUUCAUUUCUCAAGUUUCAAACCUAGUCAAGCUUGUUGAUUCUAAGGACAUUGUGGAGUUACAGUUGAAACAACUUGACUGUGAACUCCUAAUUCGCAAGAAGGAAGCCUUGCCUCAACCACCAUCUCUGCCUCCACCUAUGAUGAUUCAUUCUCCUGCUUCUGCAUUAGCCUCGGCAGCUCCUCCUAUGCCAGCUCCAGCGCCUGUCUCAGCUCCCCCUUCGGCUCCAAGCCCAUCACCUUCACCACCUGCUGCAAAGUCAGCUGAAUCAUCACUUCCACCUCUUAAAUGCCCAAUGGCUGGAACUUUCUAUAGGAGUCCUGGACCUAGUGAACAGCCAUUUGUGAAGAAAGGAGACAAAGUACAGAAAGGGCAGGUUGUCUGCAUCAUUGAGGCCAUGAAAUUGAUGAAUGAAAUAGAAGCUGAUCAAUCUGGAACAAUAGUUGAUGUCCUUGUCGAAGAUGGGAAGCCUGUGAGCGUUGACACUCCUCUUUUCAUUAUCAAACCUUAGAGGGUGUUCAGGGAAGAAGGAAUAAGCUGAAACAAUGGACAAUAAACAUGGCCAUUUUUCUGUGAAAAGAGAAGAAAAUGUUUGGAGGAGAUUGCGGCAUUUGUUGAUUUUAGUAUUAACGUUUUGAGAGGGAGAUGGUAGGUGUUAGAAACAGGAGAGACUGCUGACUUGCUUACUUCUUUGGAAACUACACUGUUGAAGUGUUCAUACGCACGUAUGCAUAUAAAACGCCAUGGUUGGAUAUUUACAUCUGGAAGCUGUUCCACCCUAGCAAUGGAUGGUUAUCGGUUUAUGGCUGUUUUAUAAGCAGGAAUGCUAAUGAGACAGGAUGGAAACUUGGGGCC